AUGGAGCGAGAGGACGUGUGCGAAAGUGUGGAGCUCGAGGAGUGCUAUGACUCAGCAUCAACGGCAGGGCCGUCGACGCCGGUGCAAGAAGAGGGGGACGAGAAGAAAAGGAAGAAGGGUUUGCUCUCGUUCCUGACCAGGGAGAAGAAGCCAAAGGAGGCCGACAGCAGCGGUGGCAAGGAGCCGCAGGGCAGCGACUCGGCAGCGGCGGGCAACGUGCUCGUAUCGCCCUUCUCCGUGGGGACCGCACUGAGCCUGGCCCUGCUUGGCGCUCGCGGCGAAACGGCCGCCCAGCUACGCGCCCUUCUCUCUUCAUCUUCUUCCUCUUCCGCUUCCUCUUCCUCCGAGGAUGAGCAUGCCAUCACCCUCCACGUCGCCCGUCAGUGGGGCGCCCUCUCCAACACCGUGCGUAAAAUGAGUGGUGUGGAGUGGGCGGCGAGCAACGGGGUGUGGGUGGGCGACGACUGCCCGGUGGCGCCCGAGUUCGCAGCGCAGGCGGGCGAAGCGCACGCCGCGGGCAUCGUGGGCGACAUGCCCUUCUCCACCGACCCGGAACGGGCUCGUGCCACCAUCAACGACGCCGUGGCCAACCAGACCCGGGGCCACAUCACUGACCUCUUGCCUCCUCGGUCGAUCACGAGCGGUACGCGAAUGGUGCUGACCAACGCGGUGCAUUUCAAGGGCCAGUGGGAGAAGACCUUUGGGAAGCACCUGACCAAGACGGAGGCCUUCCACCUCCUCGGCGGCAACGCGCAGAAGCCGGUGGAGAUGAUGCACCACCCGUCGCUCAAGAUGCGACACCGAAGCUUCGAGCACCACGCCGUCAUCGAGCUGCCCUACAAGGGCAACGACGUCACCAUGCUCAUCCUCCUGCCGCACACCAACACCUCAGCCAGCCUCAACAACGCGCAUGCGGACCUGCUGCUGGAGCCGGUCUCCCUCAAGCUGCCGCGCUUCCGGGUGCGCUACGCAAUCGAGCUAAGCCACGCCAUCCGCGACAUCGGCGCCCCCGUGCCCUUCAUCGACGAGCUGGCCGACUUCACCGGCCUCACCAGCUCCGGCGAAAAGCUGGUGGUGUCGGCGGUGUACCAUCAAACGUACAUGAACGUGGACGAGGAAGGCACGGAGGCGGCGGCUGCGACGGCGGUGGUGAUGAGCCGCGGCGGCGGCUAG